UACUACAUCUCGAGACGCGAGCACAUGCCCACGGACCUGCUGCUACAGUCGCAGAGCGAAAGGAUGCCUCAUCUCUACCGCUGUCUACCAUGACGUGGAGUGGAUUUUAAAAACAUUUCGGACCCGAGUCGUUUUUUAUAUUAUCUUCAUUUUGCAGGUGUCGUUAAGGAAAUAUAUGCUUUGUGAACUUUUUGUAUUAUUUUACAUGUUCAUUACCAAUGCGUUUCCUUUCGUCUAAAUGACAAUUGGGUCAUGAUUACAUCGCCCCCGGUUUCUGUACUGAGAAAUACUUCAUCCAACCCUAUCUGGGAGAGCUGCGGCAAAGAGAAGAACGUCUCUUUGAAAACAAAUAAACCCUUCGUCCACCCCGUGCCUCCAUCGGACCCUCAACGGCAGGCGAAUCGUCUCCCUAUCAAAAUUCUGAAAAUGCUUACUGCACGGGCUGGCCACAUCUUGCAUCCGGAGUAUUUGCAACCUCUACCAUCCACUCCCGUGAGUCCUAUUGAGCUGGAUGCCAAGAAAAGUCCUCUGGCUCUGUUAGCGCAAACAUGCUCUCAGAUUGGUAAACCAGAUCCACCCUCCUCGUCCAAACUGUCAUCCGUGACGGCUAAUGGAUCUAAUGACAAAGACUCGAAAUCCGGUCCACUGAAAAUGAGUGAUAUCGGAGCUGAAGACAAGUCAAGCUUCAAGCCAUACUCCAAAUCCGGGGAGAAGAAGGACUCGUCCGCGAAUGCCUCGGCUGUGGGAGAUAAGGGCGGUUUUCGAGUGCCGAGCGCCACCUGCCAGCCAUUUACGCCCAGGACAGGCACUCCGAAUUCCUGCGCCUCCAUCUCGCCUCUGCCCUCGGACUGCAAGUCGGUGGACCGGGAGGACAAAAAGGAUUCCGAUGGCAACAACAAGAAUGGCGUGUCCGAGGGCUCGGGGAACGGAGGUGUGAACCACAACAGGUUAAACGGUAGUAUGGGCACUAAUGGGGAGGGAAACCAACAGGAGAUUACAACGGGAUCAAAGUCUGCCACCUCAGACACAACCUCUGUUUCCUCCGCCUCCUCUGCGCUCGGAUCUGGACUUGUGGCCCCCGUUUCCCCUUACAGGCCGGGUCACACGGUGUUCCCCCUCCCACCUGCUGGCAUAUCCUACCCUGGAAGUCUGGCGGGGGCCUAUGCUGGUUACCCGCAGCACUUUUUGCCCCCGGGCGUUUCUCUGGAUCCCACGAAGUCGGGGAGCCAGCUGCUGAGCGCGCAGUUCGCCAGCUCCCUCGGCUGCAGCAAAGCAGGUUCCAGCCCUCUGGCUGGUGCUUCGCCUCCAUCAAUAAUGUCGGCUAGCCUGUGUAGAGAUCCGUACUGUUUGAGUUACCAUUGCGCAAGCCAUCUAUCAGGUGCUGCUGCUGCCGCCGCUGGGGCCAACUCGCAUGAGUCGGCUGCUGCUGCGGCGGCCUCGGCUUUGAAGUCUGGAUAUCCCCUCAUGUACUCCUCACACCCGCUGCACGGCGUCCAUUCCACGCCAGCUUCGUUUGCCGGACACCCGCUGUACCCUUAUGGUUUUAUGCUUCCCAAUGACCCCCAGCCACACGUUUGUAACUGGGUGUCUGCGAACGGACCCUGUGACAAACGGUUUUCCAACUCCGAGGAACUUCUCAAUCACUUGCGGACUCACACUGCCUUCGCCGGGACUGAGAAACUGAUCUCAGGAUACCCAAGCUCUUCCACCCUGGCCAGCGCUGCUGCCGCGGCGAUGGCAUGCCAUAUGCACAUGCCCCCGACGGGGACGCCUGGAGGCCCCGCGGCGCUGGCACUCAGGACCCCACAUCAUGCACUAGGACUCGCCAGCCGUUACCACCCGUAUUCUAAAAGCCCCCUGUCGACCCCAGGGGCACCUGUGCCCGUGCCCGCGGCCACGGGUCCCUAUUACUCUCCAUAUGCAUUGUACGGGCAGAGACUGACCACAGCGCCAGGCCUUGGAUAUCAAUAGACUUGUCUUGACAUGUUCAAAGUUUAUAAAAAAUAUUUGAAUUAUAUGCCUAAAGAUUUUCUAUAUUGAAUGUCCACGUCAGCAUAUCACAUGUUCGACGGGCCCACUAUUUAUUUACGUUAGCUUCAAGCGAUACAAAAAAAAUAAAAUGAUGAACCAAAUUUCUGAAGACUUGGGUUUUUUAUUUUUUAUUUUAAAUCAGCCAAUCUCUGCUAUUGUAUUUUAACGUAGGCCCUAUAGGUUAUACGGUUAGCAGCUGACGCAGGCCUUUUUUUUUUAAAAGGCGCACACAAAUUAACAUCAAAUUCUGUCUCACUUUAGCCAUUUUAAAUGGUACUUAUUUGGACUAAUAAUUGAAAAUAUUACCUUUUUAUGAGCUUGGGGGAAUUACAGCGCUAUUUUAUGCAUGUUAACCACGCUAUUAAACUCAAUUCCAUUUUAUAAACUAUCAUGGUUUCAAAUCAGGCCACAUCAUAAAUUAUGUGAAUGGGGGCCUCAAAGCAUGAUUGAAUAGAAAUCCUCUUAAUAUUUAAGAUGCGAGAUUUCCAUUAUUUCAGAGAUGGUGGCUUUUCAAAUUUGGGCAUAUUUAAUAAUAAUUAAC